UGUCUCCUGCAGAUUGACAGGCAGCAGUUUGAGGAGACGGUCCGGACCCUCAACAACCUCUAUGCAGAAGCUGAGAAGCUCGGGGGCCAGUCCUACCUGGAGGGCUGUCUCGCCUGCCUGACCGCCUACACCAUCUUCCUGUGCAUGGAGACGCACUAUGAAAAGGUUCUAAAGAAAAUUGCCAAGUUCAUUCAGGAACAGAAUGAGAAGAUCUAUGCUCCUCAGGGCCUUCUGCUGACAGACCCCAUUGAAAGAGGAUUAAGAGUCGUAUCCUUGUGUGGCUUUGACAUUUUUGUCUCCUUGUUUGUCUCAGCGAGGCAGCUCUGCUCUUGCUUGRUCUGUGAGACACCAGACUGUCAUUAGUCUUGCUGCUUUUUGUUUAGUCCUGGUCCCCAGUC